GAUGUAGGGAAGAAUAUGAAAAAUCAUUUUCUCCGUUGGGGUCAUGAUAUCCGGGUCACGUUCAAGUGUAAUUAGACGCAGUUCUCGUUUAGUAUUGAAAGGGAAAGUUUGGAUAGGUCACGGUUUAUCGUGACUAUUAACGUGAAAGAUGACGGCCACAAUAGUAUCAGUUCUACAGUUUUUAUUCUUUAUUUCAAUUGGUAUUGAGAAUGCAAGAGGAUUCACGAAUAUGUAUCCGAAAUUGAAGCAAUAUCCACUGCCAUUCGAUGUUGAUGUCGGCGAGCCGCUCUUCUUGACGCCAUUGAUUGAAAGCGGUCAUAUAGAAGAUGCUCGAAAUAAAGCUCUUGUACAGAAUAAAGAAAUGUACGAUGUUAGCAGUUACGCUGGCUACAUUACCGUGAAUAAAGAAUACAAUUCGAACUUAUUCUUCUGGUUCUUCCCUGCUGCGCACGACCCAAAAACAGCCCCUGUAGUGUUAUGGCUACAAGGUGGCCCUGGGGCAACAUCAAUGUUUGGUUUAUUUAUGGAGAAUGGUCCUUUCUUUAUCAAUGCAAAUAAAACCCUUCAAAAACGCAAAUACUCUUGGAAUCAAUCACAUAAUUUAUUAUAUAUUGAUAAUCCUGUUGGUACUGGGUUUAGUUUUACUGAAAAUGAGAAGGGGUAUGCAACUAAUGAAACACAUGUGGGAAGGGAUGUACAUACAUUAUUGGUUCAGUUCUUUACAUUAUUCCCUGAACUUCAAACCAAUGAUUUUUAUGUAACUGGCGAAUCUUAUGCUGGAAAGUAUGUACCUGCUGUAUCCCAUGCUAUCAAAGACUUUAAUAUCAAAGCAGAAACAAAAAUAAAUUUGAAGGGUUUAGCAAUUGGGAAUGGAUUAACUGAUCCAGAGAAUCAGUUGCUGUAUGGAGACUAUUUGUAUCAAUUAGGAUUAAUUGAUGCAAAUGGCAGAGAUUUGUUCCACAAGUAUGAGGAGCAGGGUAGAAAUCUAAUUAAAGAGAAAAAAUAUAUAGAUGCUUUCAGCCUGUUUGAUAUGUUACUCGAUGGUGACUUAAUUGGUUAUCCAUCAUUAUUUAAAAAUUUAACUGGGUUUGAUUUCUACUUCAAUUACUUGUACAAUGAAGAUCCUAGCAAGGCUGACUAUAUGUCAGAAUGGCUUCAGAAGCCAGAAUCUAGAAAAGCUAUACAUGUUGGUAAUUGUUCCUUCAAUGUUGAAGCAAAAACAGUGGAAGAACAUUUGAAAGGAGAUGUUAUGCAGUCUUUGGCAAUAUUGAUAACAGACCUGACUAAGCAUUACAAAGUUUUAAUAUACAAUGGUCAGCUUGAUAUUAUUGUUGCAUACCCUCUGACAGAAAAUUAUUUACGUAAUCUAGACUGGUCUGGUGCAGAAAAAUAUAAAACAGCCAAGAGAAAACAAUGGUGGGUUGGUAAAGAGCUAGCAGGUUACACAAAAACAGUUGAUAAUUUAACAGAAGUCCUGGUAAGGAAUGCUGGGCAUAUGGUUCCUUCUGAUCAGCCACUAUGGGCAUUCGAUCUUAUCACGCGUUUUACACACAAUAAAAAUUUUUAAAUACCUGUAAUCAGCAUUUAAAAACAUGUGUGAUAAUAUCUCCAUCAAGGCUAUGUUAAUGAUUUAACAAUUUACGAGGAAACCUAAUUUUAAGAUAAAAAUUUAUAAACUUAAUGUAUACUCAGAAAGAAGCAUGACAGUGUAUUGUAGCCAAUUUUGUAAGUAUCUAG